GUUGUAUACAAAACAUACUGAUUUAAAUUAACAUUCAUUCUCAGAUACUGAGUUGAGAUUUUAUUCAAAUCUUUAUGGGAUUUAUGUAACACUCCCCCUUCCAUUUGUAGCAAGGUAAAUGGUAGAGUCAGGGCUUUGAGUCACAGACUGUUGGCAGGUGUGGGCACUGGGCAGUGCUGUGUGUGUGUGUGUAUCUGAGGAGGUCGCCUAGGACGUGGUUUGUUAGUCUGAGAAACACUUAUGGACAAGUGUGACAGUUUUGGAAAUGGCAUGGAACUUAAAGCAGAGUUUCCUGCCCUGGUAUCACUAGUCCAUAAAGACCAUGGAAUUGCCACCUCAUGGUUCCACUGAGGAGAACUUUGAGUAUGACUCCUCUUCAGAACUGCUGGAUUGCUCAGCUCUGUCUAGCUUCACCAGUUCAAACUAUGCUAAUGAUGAACAUGAAGAUCUGGAACCUUAUACACUGGAAGAAGUUCUGUGUGCUGAAAGGGUGGGCCAGAUGACUAAGACGUACAAUGACAUAGAUGCUGUUACACGUUUGCUUGAAGAGAAAGAGCGGGACUUGGAGUUGGCAGCUCGUAUAGGUCAGUCCCUGCUGAAGAAAAACAAAACCCUGAGUGAGAGAAAUGAGUUUCUGGAGGAGCAGGUUGAGCACAUACGGGAGGAGGUUUCUCAGCUGCGUCAUGAGCUCUCUAUGAAGGAUGAACUGCUCCAGUUCUACACCAGUGCUGCUGAGGAGAGUGAAGGAGAGUCUGCCACCUCUACCCCGAUCCGGCAGAAUGACUCCUCAGUGUCAGUGCCAAAUUAUUUCCCUCUGGACUCACUGCAGAAAAAGCUCAAGGACCUGGAAGAGGAGAACAUCGUACUGCGCUCUGAGGCCUGCCACUUGGAGACAGAGACCAUCUCCUAUGAAGAAAAGGAGCAGCAGCUGGUUAACGACUGUGUAAAAGAGCUCCGAGAUGCUAACCUGCAGAUUUCGUCUCUUGCUGAGGAGCUGGCAAAGAAGACCGAAGAUGCCUCCAGGCAGCAGGAGGAGAUCACACACCUGCUCUCUCAGAUCGUGGACCUACAGAAAAAAGCCAAAUCUUAUGCAGUAGAGAAUGAAGAGCUCACCCAGCACCUGGGAGCUGCUAAAGAUGCACAGAGACAGCUCACUGCUGAGCUGCAGGAGUUGGAGGAUAAGUAUGCAGAGUGUAUGGAAAUGCUGCACGAGGCUCAGGAGGAGCUGAAGAACUUCAGGAAUAAGACGGUGCCUCUGAGCACGCCACGCCGCUUUCACUCACUGGGUCUCUUCCCCAUGGACUCCUUAGCUGCUGAAAUUGAAGGGACCAUGAGGAAAGAGAUUCAGAUGUCUGACCCAGAAGUUGAAGAGCAGAGAUUACAUCCGAAGCGGGUCUUCCAGACGGUGCGGAACAUUAAUCAGACGGUUCGUCAGCGCUCCAUGGGGCCAUCCCCUAUGAACAUCCCCGGGUCCAAUCAGACAUCGUGUGUGAACUCAAGGCGUUCCAGCUGUCUGAGCACCCCCAGGUCCAGUGUGUAUGGGGGAGAAGGGAGCUUCAUGGACAACCGUACCAACAGCCUGUUGCUGGAGGGCCAGUCUCCACAGGAUGGCUCUGAUGACUCAAACAAGAAACCUGGCACUCCUGGCACACCCGGCUCUCGUGACCUGGAGGCAGCACUAAGACGGCUUUCUCUCCGCCGCGACAACUACCUGAGCGAGCGGCGCUUCUUUGAGGAGGAGAGAGAGCGCAAGCUGAACGCUCUGGCCGAGGAGAAGGGCGAGGUGUAUGAAGACCGGGAGCAGGGCAGUGGCAGUGACGGAGGAGGUUCUCUGACUCCUGCUGACAGCAUCAUGUCCCUGGGCACGCUGCACUCCGUCUACUCGGUCUACAGCAGCCGCUCCUACCUGCCUGAGAAGCUGCAGAUAGUCAAGCCUCUGGAAGGCUCAGCCACUCUGCAUGCAUGGCAGCAGCUGGCUCAGCCCAACUUGGGUGGCAUUCUGGACGCUCGGCCAGGUGUUGUGACAAAGGGUUUCCGGCCGCUGCAGCUGGACCUUGAGGAGGUGUACCAAUUCACAGAUUUGGAGGAAGACGAGCUGUCUGAGCAUCAGCACUCUCAACCCACUCUCUCUACCUCAGGCCUGGGAUCACUGCCCUGCUCGCCCAACAUCAAACUCCACAGCCUGGAGGAGCGGGACGGGGUGGAGCGAGCAGAGUUGGGCGCAGAGGUGGAGCUGCAAAAGGCCGCAGAGGACGAGGAUCGGUCAUCUGUGCAUUUCCCUGGUAAAUGUAUGUCUCACACUAACUCUACCUACACCUUCACUACCUGCCGGAUACUCCACCCCUCUGAUGAACUGACCAGAGUCACACCCAGUCUGUUAGCAGCAGCUCCCUCGUUGGCCUCCUGCGUGAUGUCCAACAGCAGCAUGCGCUCCACUCCAAUCUCCACGCCCUGCACACCGCGCCGCCUCAGCCUGGCUGAAAGCUUCACCAAUCUGCGUGACCACACCAAGACCACCAGCACUUCUCUGGGCCUGGUGCGCCUCCUGCAGGAGCGGGGCAUCUCAGCAGCCGUCUAUAACCCCCACAGCUGGGACCGGGCCCAGACAGCGCCUGCCCCAGAGUCCAUGUCCUGCUCUGUCUCAGGUACAGCUAGCCCCAACCCUCAGGGCCCAGUAACACUGCCCUCCACCCCUCCAAACUCACCCACCAAAUCCAAACCCAGCAGCCCUGUGCUGCCUCUGGACUUCAGCCCUUCUGACCCACCCUAUGAGAACUUCCUAGCCUCAAGGCCGGCCAGUUCCAUUCUAAAGGAGAUGCGUGGGACAAAGGCUCGCUCAGACUCACAGUGCCAGACUGAAGUAAGUGUCCAGAACCUUCGUCUGGUAGACAAGGUUAAGCGUUUCAGCCUGGGCCCCAGAGCAGUAACCCCAGGGCCUGUACUGGGGUUAAAUGGACCACCUUUUGGGGCCCAUCCUGGGGUUACCAGCCCUAUAGGAGGACUGCCACUGCCAGGGAUGCGAAGAAACCGAAGUUACCCAGUUAUGGUAGGGGCCAGCAUGGCAAUGAAGGGCCCAGGGCCUCCGACUGAAGAUUUACUUUUGGCCCCAAAACCUUCCAAACAAACUAGCCUCAAUGAGGAGUGAAUGUUGCCUUUUUCUCUUUUUCUCCCUUACUUUUUGUUGCAAUCUCUCUCUGUAUAUACAAGAAUAAAGUACAUUUCUCCUGUGACAGAUCAACUGUGCCUCUAAGAGAUUUGUGUAGAUUAUUUUGUAUAGCAGCUGUGACUGUAAUACCAUUUCUUUUUUUUUCUGUCACAUAAGGGACAGUUCAUCCAGAGAGACCAUGGUGUGUUGAUUCUGUGCAGUUGUUCUCCCUUACUUCAGUGUUGCUUAAAGAAAUGGUUCACAGAAAAUGCAAAGGUACACAGAUUCCCCUUCGCCCCAGAUAUAGUCAGUUAGCCAAGGUGUAUUUAGUGUCCAAAGUGUUUGGUGUUUUUUAGUUUUGCACUGGAGUUUUAAGGUUAAUCUAGUUUAUGACAUAGACAUGUAAUAUAUUGACCUUGUAGCUCCAGUCCAAAUCUAAAGGAGCAAACUUUAGACGCUAAACAUGUCUUGGCUAACCGGCUGUGUUUAAGUUGAGGAGAAAACUAAAUUUCUUUUAUUUGGUGAACCAUUCCCUUAAUCCUUGUCUGGGGACCCCUGCCUUGUACAAUUUCAAUCAAUUAAUUAUAAAGCCCUUUAGUUGUGUUGUGACAGGGAAUAUUUGUAAGUGGGCAGGAGCAGUGUCCUAAUGUCUAAAAUUAGUUUUUGCACUUGUAGGCUGCAGGAACAUGUAGCAUAUUAACUUAGAGGGAAUCUUGAGGCCUGUGCCCUGCUUAAGGCGCAUUGUAAGCACUUUUUGAUUUUGAAUAACUGUACUACAAGACCAUAUCUGUGUAUUAUUAUGUUCAACUAAUCUGGUCUUCCUGAGCCCAGAGCACUGUGUGCUUAGAACUUGGUUGUCUCUUUCAGCAUGGUUAACUCUAGCACUGUCAACAACUUUCUUCUAAUGCUAACAUGAACAAUGAAGAGCAGUGGAGCUGUGCUAAUGCCAAGUUAACUGAUUUAGACCUUAUUUAUAUCCUCAAAUAAGUGUCAGUAAAACCCCUUAAAAAACAUAGUUUGAAUAGUUCACACUAAUAUUCCUACUUUUAUAUUCACAGCAUAUGCAAAUCCUUAAAUGCUUAUUAAGGUGUAAUAUAGUGCUUAUUACAAUGUAAUAAACAUUUAUAUGGCCCUUAAUAGAGGCUGUUAUUAAAAUAUCUGUACUAACUAGCACAACAGAUGGCGCUCACUGUACUGUAAGUCCUCUCUCAGUCCAAAGUUAUGUUAGUAGCUGUAAUUCAUUGAUGAGAGACGACUGAUGUGUGGAUGAUCAUAGUAGGACAUGGUUUAAAUUCAAUGAUUAGUACUGACUGAUUGUUCUUUGUUGAUAGACCAAUGUUAUUUAUAAACGUAUGUGUGUAUAUGUGUGUAAAAUAAAUGCAGUCUAAGAGCUUAUACAUGCAAACUAGAUAUAAAAUACUUGAGUAUGGCAGAAAAUUUGUACCCGAAAAUAUGUUUUCAAAACAGUGUCCAAUCCUUCUGACACGAGCAGCAUAACUGAAGAAGCUUUGGAAGUGUCUGGCCUGAUUUAUAGCAUAAUUAAAAAGAUGUAAAAUGUUUAUUUUUGGUGAGGGAUUGUUUUAAACUCUCUAAAGACUGAACUGUAAGCUUUAAAUGCAUUUUGGUAAUUAUGAAUUGGUGGAGUGACAGAAGUAUCAUGGUGCCUGAUGUUAACAAUUCAUUAUAUAGUCCUGUUUUGACUGACUUUGCCUGCCUCAGUAUACACUGGAGUUAAUGCAGCAGCUAAGGGUUUGGGUUGAUUCUAUCAAGAGGAUUUUUACCUAGCUGCAGAUGUUGGUUAAACUAUUUGAAGGGUGUUUGAUCGUAGGUGAUCUUGUCUAGAAAGCACAUGGAGCCAUAACUGUGUUCUGAAAGAUGCCUGUAUUUAUAAUCUUGUUUUUUAGUCACAGCAAAAGAGGGUUGUCUGUUGAAGAUGUGUGUGCACUUAAUCAUAACUUGAACGUUAUUAUUGAAUGUAUUGCAGAACCACUGAGGUGUCCUACAUGACUGUGUGCUCAUUUCAUUUAUGGCUUUUAUUUCCUCAGAUCACAAAAAAGGGAAGUUUUGCCACUUGUACAUUGUAAAUUAUAAAUAUGUAACUUUUUAUACAAAAGGGCAUAAAUUAGUGAACAAAAACAUCAGAAUGAAGAGAAAAUGAAACCUGUGGCAAAAGGAGGGUGAAAAACAAAGUGGAGUUGUGCAUUCAGGAACUCUUACUUGCAGAAAUGUCCAUCAAUAAAACAGUUGAUCCAAA